GUGGUUUCAGCCAAUUAUUGAGGAUCUUUUGUCUUGUAUAGGAAUCGACCAGAGUUUCGUGAAACCCUAAACCCUAGUCUCUUUCUAUCAUUCACAGGCCACUUCAUAAAACUUCAAUACUGAUAUUGAGAGUGCUGCUUACAUGGAUGUCAACAGUGUCUUGUAUCUAUUGUCUUAGAUCCACGAUGAUAGAUCUGAUGGAGCCUUGCGUGGCUACAGUAUUUAUGAUAACUCAUCAGUCUCAUAGAACACUUAUUUGCUAGCAAAUCUUUACUCAAAGUGAAGCAAAUCACUGACAGAAUGCAUGACUGGCUGAUUGCAGGUGAAUGUGAAUGGCACUAGCAUCACCACCCCUGGUUUGUCUGCUCGUCGUUUCUUGUUUUGGUUUUAAGGUCUAUGCCAGAUGGUGAGGAUACCACUGUCUACACCUAUCCUGGAUGUGGGUAUUAUCCGUACGCGUACCCCUAUUCAUAUCCGUACUACUACGGAUACUCAUACCCGUACUCCUACACAUCAUAUUACUAUCCCUAUGCUUACCCAAGCACCGUCGUGUCCUUCUACUAGACAUAAUGAUGACGUGACUGCUGGGCCUUCGCGUGGUUUUUGAGCUUGUCGAGCACGUGCGCGGGACGGAGAAGUUUGUGAAGUUGUGAAGCAUCAUCAUUUAAACUAUACAAACUCUUCGG